AUGCCCCUACUAAUAACCCACCUCCUAAACCCAACUACACUAAUAAUUCCUGUACUACUAGCCGUUGCAUUCCUCACCCUACUGGAACGAAAACUGCUCGGAUAUGCACAACACCGAAAAGGUCCAAACAUCGUCGGCCCAUACGGUAUUAUUCAACCGAUAGCAGACGGACUAAAACUUUUUACUAAAGAACCUCUCCGUCCAACCCAAUCCUCCCCAUUACUAUUUAUCCUAACACCCAUCUUAGCCCUACUGCUCGCCCUACUAAUAUGAGCCCCUAUAACAAUGCCAAAACCACUACUUGACAUCAACCUCACCCUACUACUAAUCCUCGCCCUAUCCAGCCUAAUAGUUUACUCAAUCCUAUGAUCAGGAUGAGCCUCCAACUCAAAAUACGCCCUAAUGGGGGCACUACGAGCAAUCGCACAAACCAUUUCAUACGAAGUAACACUAGGAAUUAUUCUUCUAUCAACAAUUAUACUAUCCGGGGGAUUCACAAUACAAACCCUACUAACCACACAAGAGCCUGCCUGACUACUAACCUGCACUUGACCACUAACAAUAAUAUGGUACAUCUCAACAAUUGCCGAAACCAAUCGAGCCCCAUUCGACCUAACAGAAGGCGAAUCAGAACUCGUAUCAGGAUUUAAUGUAGAAUACGCAGCUGGCCCUUUCGCACUUUUCUUCCUUGCAGAAUACGCUAACAUCCUAAUAAUAAAUACACUAUCUUGCAUUUUAUUUAUAUCUCCAAACCCCCUACAAACCCCAAAUCUUUUUACCCUAAACAUUAUACUAAAAACAACCCUCCUCACUCUAGGCUUCCUCUGAGCACGAGCCUCUUAUCCACGAUUCCGAUAUGACCAACUAAUACACCUACUAUGAAAAACCUUCCUACCACUCACCCUAGCCAUAUGCCUACUUUACAUUUCCACCCCAAUUUCCCUAGCCGGCCUACCCCCCAUAAAUUAA